GAUAUUAUACUGACAAGCAUAAAGUUUAUCAAAUAUCAGUAAACUCCGAUUAUUCUCAUUAGAUAUCAUGUCACCACACAGAGCUAUUGUGAAAAAUACAAAUCUACCGCCAGAUAUGCAAGAUCAAGCAGUAAAGGCAUGCUUGAAAGCAAUGACAACGUGUAGACAUGAUAAAGAUGUGGCUGCUGCUAUAAGGAAUACAUUUAAUCAAAAGUAUGGACGCACAUGGCAUUGUAUUGUUGGCGGUAGUUUUGGCAGUAAUGUGAGUCAUAUAGACACAGGACUGAUUUACUUCUUUAUGGGACAAAAAUCAAUCUUGCUGUUUAGAUCAGAAAAAAGUAAUGUAUGA